AUGAUUCUUGUCCGUGUUGUGUUUGUGUUAUUACUAACAUGCAAAGCUUUAGCAGAGACAGUUCAUAUCAUCUGUGGGUUUGGUGUCCCCAUUGACGCUCCUCGUACCAGUCUCACCUAUGGACUUAUCCUCAAGACUAACUACGUCCUGCCCACCAACGCCACGCAGUUCACUGAUCCUUAUGUAGCAUUUGCUCGCCGUGGGAUCGGAGCUUCUCGCUGGCAUCUCUACUAUACUGCUGAGGCUGUACUGUCUAGGCUUGGUAUAGGAGGUCGAAGUUGUUUGUUAAGAGCCGUCUGUGAAGCGGCCGAAACUCCUCUUCACCACAACGGGCUGCUGGGAGAACUGCUCCACAUCCUGCUCACUCCCACCUCCACUGAGGAUGAGCCUAUAGACUCCAGUGUGCUGCAUUACUACGCAGCAGAACGCUACGGCAGAGCUCUGCUCAGCAAUAGUUCCGCAGCACCUUGCAGUCAGCAUUACGCAGCUUGUGAUACGGGACUCUUGGACAUCGUGUCAACCCUCGUAUCCGACUCUCUAUCGUCACUUCUCUGA